AAAGCGGUUACUGAGGAGAAAAUGGUGGAAUCUGCAGUUACAACGUGCACAAUACUCCGUCCAAAACACUUCGAAAAAUAUCUACCAUCUCAACCUGGCAUUAGAUAUCGUUUACCUGGAGACAAGCACAGAUAAUACACCCUAAAAAGAAUCACCAAAUCCUGCAUUCUUUGGCGUGGGAGAGAUUAAUGGUGCCAAAACGUGGUGCUGAAGUCGAGACAGUAGCGAGAUUUAACGUGGGGUAGUUAGCGUUAUCUUAGCUAUGCUAGAUGAUAGAUAGCCAUCUGUUCUUUCACAAAUUUUGGACGACUUUUUUAGGUUUUAGGAUUGACAACUUGUUGACUGUCGGGCGAAGGUUGUUUUUAAUCUAACUAGCCUUGCAGAGAGCUAGUGGAAGCCCCAUAAAAAGUGUCUUGCUGUAACCUGCCUUAGCUUUUCUGGGAUCCGCUGACAGACGGCAAUGCCACGGUGCAAAAAAGGGAAACGUGAACGAGGUGGCAGUUCGACCAAGGGCUCUCUUCGACAGGAAGUUCUUCAGUUGCAGCUGUCAGCCAAGACUGCACUAUCACGUCCAGGAAAGAAUGGAGGCAGAGGGGAGUCUGGAGCGAGUGAUGAUGAUUUGGCAUCUGAUGUGCUCAGUCACUGUAGCAGUGCCAGUGAGAGUGCCUCAGUUCUGGAUGAAGGAACAGGUGAGUUAGUAGAUGAACAGACUGCUCAGGAGGAGACAGAGGACAAACUUAAACAGUGUAUUGACAACCUGAUGGACAAGAGUGUUAAGACGCGCCUCGCCGCACUGGAAAGCUUGCGCUCGGCCUUCUCCUCCAGAGUGCUGUAUGACUUCCUGCUGGAGAGACGCCUCACCAUCACUGACUGCCUGGAGCGGAGCCUGAAGAAAGGUGGGGGGGAGGAACAGGCUGCAGCAGCUACCCUGUGCGCACUCCUGUGUGUACAGCUGGGAGGUGGAACCGAAGGGGAGGAGGGCUUCAAUACGCUCCGCCCCAUCCUUAGCUACAUCUUGACUGACAGCUGUGCCAAUAUGUUAGCACGUCAGAGUUGUGCUCGAGCACUGGGAAUGUGCUGUUAUGUAUCUGCAUCAGAUGAUGCUGAAGACUUGUUGAAGUGUAUGGGACAUUUGGAGAGUGUGUUUGUAGGUGCGUAUCCGCUGGCUGACGGUAACUUGCCCUCUGUUAAAGCUGGAACUCCUGCGCUCCACAGCGCCGCCCUACAGGCCUGGGCUCUGCUCUGCACCCUUUGCCCCGCUUCUCGCAUCAACAGCAUAGUCAGCUAUCACUUGCCCAGGCUUCAGGCCUGUUUGGAGAGCAGUGAGGUGAACUUCAGGAUUGCAGUGGGAGAGACCAUUGCUCUUCUCUACGAACUUGGACGAGACAUUGACCAAGAAUUUGAAUGUGAGGACUGUGAUGCACUCUGCGAGAGUCUGAAGAGCUUGGCGACAGACGGCAACAAACACCGGGCCAAAAACGACCGCAGGAAACAGCGCUCCAUCUUCCGUGAGGUGCUGCAUUAUAUCGAGAAUGAGGAUUUCUCAGAAGAGAAGAUCCGUUUUGGGGUUGAGGUGAUCUAUAUUGAUGGGUGGAUGCGCCGGCGGAUUUACUAUGCCUUCAAGGAGGUGCUGGAGUCUGGAGUCAGCCACCACCUACAGUUUAAUCCGCUGCUGAGAGAUAUUUUUGGACUCGGCGCACCUCUCAUCCUAGACUCUUCUGUUAAAGCCAACAAGAUCUCCCGCACAGAGAGGCAUCUUUACAAUUCUGCUGCCUUCAAAGCUCGGACAAAACUACGAAACAAAGUGAGAGACAAACGAGCAGAUGUAAUGUGAUGAAGUUCUGGAUUCUGAUGGUGGUGAGGAUGGAGAAAUCCAGAGAGGAACACUACAUCGUCCUAUCAGCUCACUUGAAAAAACAAAACAGCGACUGCCAAACCAGGGACUUGACAAUGCAAAGUGUGUGUGUGUGUGUGUGUGUGUGUGUGUGUGUGUGUGUGUGUGUGUGUGUGUGUGUGUGUGUGUGUG